GUUAAUUUCCUUGCGAAAAUGCAGAGAAAGCAUACUAGUCUUCUGAAAUCUCACAGUAAUAUUUUCAGAUAUUACCCUAAAGGAUGAACCAUUUCCUCCAGCUUAAAUAAGCCAGCAUUGCUUCAGCUUGCUUUGCAAGGCUUAACUGUAUCUGCAGUUAUGUAAGUUUCAGUUAUGUGAUAUUUCAUGGGCAUCUAUUUAAACAUACAACUAUUAUUUUUAGUUGAAAUAUAGACUAUAUAAAGACUUAAAAGAUGUGGGAUCAAGGUGGACAACCUUGGCAGCAAUGGCCUUUGAACCAACAGCAGUGGAUGCAGUCAUUUCAGCACCAGCAAGAUCCGAGCCAGAUUGACUGGGCUGCAUUAGCUCAAGCAUGGAUUGCUCAGCGAGAAGCCUCAGGGCAACAGAGUGUAGUGGAACAACAAGGAAUGAUGCCAAACGGACAGGAUAUUUCAGGAAUAGAAUCUGGUCCAAACAACCACAGUAAUUUUCAGGGGGAUCCCAACUUCAACAGAAUGUGGCAGCCAGAAUGGGGAAUGCCUCACCAACCCCCUCACCCACCUCCAGAUCAGCAGUGGAUGACUCCAACCCCGGGUCAAAUGGAAGCUGUUCCUCCAUCUGAAGACAGCAACAGUCAGGACAGUGGGGAAUUUGCUUCUGACAACAGGCAUAUAUUUAACCAGAACAAUCACAACUUUGGGGGACCUCCCGAUAACUUUGCAAUGGGGCCAGUGAACCAGUUUGACUAUCAGCAUGGGGCUGCUUUUGGUCCACCUCAAGGUGGAUUUCAUCCACCUUAUUGGCAGCCAGGACCACCAGGGCCACCAGGUCCACCAGCACCUCCUGCACCUCCUCAAAAUCGAAGGGAAAGACCCUCAUUCAGAGACCGACAGCGUUCACCUAUUGCGAUGCCUGUGAAGCAGGAACCUCCACAGAUUGAUGCUGUGAAGCGUAGAACUCUGCCUGCCUGGAUACGUGAGGGCCUGGAAAAGAUGGAACGAGAAAAACAGAAAAAAUUGGAAAAAGAGAGGAUGGAGCAGCAACGUUCACAAAUGUCUAAAAAAGAAAAAAAGGAAAGUGAGGAAGCUGAAGAAGGGGAUGGCCCACGGUUACCUCAGAAAAGUAAAUUUGACAGUGAUGAGGAAGAUGAAGAUGCUGAAAACACAGAAGCUGUAAGCAUUGGGAAAAUCAGCAGGAGUCCAUCCCCAGCUCCUCAAGAGGAGCAAAGUGAACCAGAAAUGACAGAAGAAGAAAAGGAGUAUCAAAUGAUGAUGCUGACAAAAAUGCUGCUGACAGAGAUUCUCUUGGAUGUUACAAACGAAGAGAUUUAUUACGUGGCCAAAGAUGUUCACCGAAAAGCAACUAAAGCUCCUGCAAAACAGCUGGCACAGUCCAGUGCACUGGCUUCCCUCACUGGACUCGGUGGACUGGGUGGUUAUGGAUCAGGAGACAGUGAAGAUGAGAGGAGUGACAGAGGCUCUGAAUCGUCUGAUACUGAUGAUGAGGAAUUACGACACAGAAUCAGGCAAAAACAGGAAGCCUUUUGGAGAAAAGAGAGAGAACAGCAACUACUACUAGAAAAACAGCUAGAAG